CUUUUUUCUUCAACAUUUAUCACAUCAGAAGAAGAACAAGAAAAGAAGAUCUGACAAGAUAUCUCUUCAAGCUUUCUCAUGGAGAAAAGAAACACAAAGACGGGUGAAGAUGUUGAAAGUGUUGAUGUUUAUACAGCAAACGGUUUGCUUACUGUUGGUCAUCGAUAUCUCGAUGUUAGGACAAAUGAAGAAUUCGCAAAGAGCCACUUUAAGGAUGCCUUGAACAUUCCAUACAUGUUCAAAACAGAUGAAGGUAGGAUUAUAAAUCCUGAUUUCCUUCCUCAACUUGCAUCGGUCUGCAAGAAAGAUGACCAUCUGAUCGUGGGGUUCUCUUUGUCUUUAUUGUACGUCUUGAUGAAGUUCCUAUUCUCAGAGCUUGCUCAGUUCUACAUAUCAACUUGCCGAGUCUCCUUACAAGCUUGUAACUCGGGAGGAAGAGCAAGUCGUGCUUGCGUUGAACUUCUCAAUGCGGGGUACGAGCAUGUGGCUAACAUGGAGGGAGGCUACUCGGCUUGGGUUGACGCUGGUUUCGCCGGCGACAAAUCUGCGGGGGAGCUCAAGACCGCUUGCAAGUUCCGCCCUAAGGACAACUAAAUCAUUCCACUCUGGUUAAUCCGCUUGAUGCAAAAAUAAUUGAAACUUUAAAGUCCUGUUAUGACUUUGUAAUAAGGAGGUUUUUUUCUCCAAACUCGAUGAAGCUGAUGUGCAUGGGGUUAAUUAUUCAUAUUAAUACGUUUCAAACUUGACCUCAAAUGUUUUUCAUUUGUAGUGUUAUUCUUUUCACUAAAGUAAACCCAAUAUCUUUAUUUAUAUACAAAUUACAAGAACC